AUGGCUGUACCGUAUAUACAAAGUAUUCCAAGCGAACACAUUCGUAUUGCGUACAAAGAUGUCACACUUUCGUCUGGUGCGGGGCAAAAUGAAGGUGUGUUCAUAAAUAUUUUGCCUGGAAACCCAAUGGUUCUCGGAGAAGCAUUUAGAAAUGUUUAUGAUUGUGGUGCCGAAUCGUUCAAAAGGAUUGAAAUUAAAUUGUGUGAGGUAGAUUUUCCGUAUGUUGCGAAAAUGAAAAAGCAAAACACAAACACGACAGCAGCUUCGCGGUAGAACACAACAGAACAGCAGAGUAGUAAAGAACUGUUUCCGGAGACAAAGCAGGAUUGGAAGAUAAGUAAGUUGGAAGACAUGAGCGAUCAUGCUCAACAAUUACAAGACGAAUUAGUUGCCGUAGAUAUUCAGCUAGAAGAACUAAGACGACUCGUUAUUGAGCCUCCCCAACUUGGACAGUACAAAUCUAUUGUCUGUGACAAAUGUCAUAUUCGUGGCCACUGAGCUGAAGGUAACAGACAUAAUGCAGCAUGUAUGAGAGAAGUUUGUACUUCGUAUUAUACUUGCGGACAAAAUAAGAAGCAUCCUGAACAUUUUGAGCAAAUAAGGAACCUAACCAAAAAACGAAAGCAAUUAAAUUCGGAAGUCAAGAUAUUAAGCAUCAACAAAAGAAAUUUAGAAGCCUUUCAGUCAAAGUCUGUGUCCGCUUUUGUUACGACAAUAACUCCUCGUCUUUUAAAGACCGGUACAACACAACAACUACAUCUGGAAAAAUAUUACUUCAGAAAGAUCUUGCUACUCUAAGGAUCGUGUGUAACAAUAAAAUACCCAUCCCUUCAAUGGACGAAAGGGAAUAUUUUACAGAACUUCUUGGGAAUCAGCAAAAGCAAGUUACUGCAAGUGAUUUAAACUUCGACGCUCGUGCGGCAAGUACUUCUCAAAUCAACAUUAACAGUCACAUUUCUUCGCCAGUAAGUAAGAAAGCAAAGCGUCAUAAAACGAAAACAGUAGCAAUGCCAGUGGAAAUCUCGUCUUCGGACGACCAUUCUACUGACAGUUCUGAUACCAGCAGCGACGACAGCGAAUCAUUCGACGAAGGAAAGCGAUCAAAAUCUCAGCGCACAAAAAACAUCACCGUAAAUAUAAAAGACAUGACCAUUGGAGCAAGAAAAAGCGUAGUUAUCGGUUGCAAAAAGUAA